CCCAUAGCCCCACCUACAAGUUUUGAAUACAGGGAGCUGGAAAGCGUGUUCUACCUCUGUCAGUCAGGAUAUUUAAUCCCCUUAAUAAGCAUUAGGAGUCAUGUUUACCUUUUCACAGUUGAAACCACAACCAAACUGCGGGUUUCUAAACUUUUUUUUUUUUUAAUGAAGAGGAGCUUGGUUCAUUAGAGGAAGGAUGGUCUGCCAGAUAGCAGAGGUGUUAGCUUACAAUAUCAAAUGGAACCCACAUUGCCCCACUGCCCUUUAGCCUCCCUCAGCCAAGUCUCUUGGCACCAAAGAGUGUAUCUGUAAUGAUGUGUGGAAAAGGGCUGAGGAAUGAGUCAAGUGCUGGUUUGAUCUGUGAUUAUCUACAGUGCCCGUUAGCUCUUUUCUUAGCUCCUUUUUUGGAUCAGCUUUCUCAAAGACAAGUUCCUGAGAGUCUUACUGAGCACUAGGAGGACAUCUGGGCCAAUUUGUACAUCCAGUCACUGGGCCAAAGCUUCAAUUGCAUCUUGCAUCAGUGCUCUUGCAUUUAGCAAUAUGCACUUGGCCAUUUGUUCUAGCUUUAAAACGUAGGAAAUAACGAUGUACAGAAAUAGUUUACAAUAUAAUGGGCACUUAGGUACUGUAUUAAGAUCGUGCACUGAAAAAGAUAAUGAAGACUGAUAUUCCUUGCAUAUGAUUGAGAAACUACUUAAAUGUUUGAUUUCAGGGAAAGUUUCCUCUUGUGUUCUAAGGGAGCCACCCAGCUAGCUUAUUUACUUCAGUAUACCCACCACUAUUUUGUAUCAAUUUCAGUUCAUUCUUAUUUAUUAAAUUCAUUCCUUUGGGCUGACUUUUAGUUAUCCUCUAACUGUGGAUUUAAAACCAACUUAUUUUGGUUUUAAAAUCAACUGUGAAUUGCUUCCUCUGUUUCUAAGCGCAUUGCCACGCCAAUGAAUAGUUUGGCACUGACUGCUCUACACGCAGCACAAAUUUGGGAUGUUUCAGACAAUCAGAGAUGAGUUAACAAUGCUCCCACUCUUCUGAGUUGCUAAGCCUGUUUUUGUGUCUCUGUCACACAUGGCCAUGCAGUGCUGCCUUGUGUGCACUGGUUCUGCUGACAUCUCAGUUUCCUGACGCAUCUUUUAUUUGGGGUUAAUAAAGAUUGAGCUUUAGCAAGAACAGUGCUGUUGACAGUGCAGUGAGCAUAUGGAGUGGUACUUACUGUUGCUCACUGUUAAGCAGAAAUGCAGCUGUUAGUUUUGGAUUUUAUUUGAUAUCUCUUCUUGUUUUACACUAACAAUUGUUAGGAAAAUUAUUUACAAUCUGGAUAGUAUCUUUGCCUUAGCUGCCCCCAACAAAACCAAAGCGAAACACAUGAGGCAAAGCAGGUGAUGGUGCUGUGGUGAGUAGUUACUGCCCUAAGCAGGGACUUCAUACAGGAUUAAAUUCAGAGACACUAGAAAUGUCAAAAUACUAAAUAUUGCUCAUAAAGAAGUAAACUGUGAUGUUGGCUUAAACUUUGGCCUUCUUUCUUGCUCUUUUAAGUCUUUUCUGUUUCAGAAGUUUCAAAUAAUUUUUGGAUCAGAGUUCUUCACUGUUAAGCUGCUUUUCACCUUUAUACCCUCCUUAAAAGAAAAAUGGAUUUUCAGUAAAUGCAAGAUGAUGUUGUCUAGGAGUCCCUAGGUUUUUUUUGCUAGCAGAUUACUUGACAUGUGUAUCUUUAAUUACUCCAUAUACUUGGUUAAUGUCCAUAAUUCUUUAUUAUGAGGAAACUUAGUGCACUUUCUAUGAGUGCCGUAGGGACAAAAGAAUGGUUCUCCUAUACCAUAAAAUCUUGACCAUAGUGUAUAGUCUUUCAAAUAAGAAUAAAGCUGUGUCUGCCACGAUGUUCGCUCUUUCUGGUUACUUCCUAGUUGUUUGCUGUUGUGUUGGUCAGGAGCAUGCUCUGAGCUUCUAAUCUUAGUGGUUAUUAACUGCGUAAUUUUUCUUAUGCCAGCAUUGUUCUUCAGCCUAAAUCAAGGAUACCAAACAUAUUGGCAGCAGGUCAGUCAGCCAAAGAAUGUCCUUCAGCCAUAAGUUCAUUUUUCUGCUGUGGGAUGUGAAAUGGGCAGCAGGGCUGGUGACUGGAGUGGCUUUGUGAUCUGUUCCACCAGGGCUGCCUUCUCCAGCCAUCCCUUCUGGUCCUAACCACAUGCCUGCUGCUGCUGGCCUGGAAUGCUCAUAGCUCGUGUUCUGCAUGCAGUAGGAUUGUGUCGCAUCAUGCAGGAACAGUGUGCAGCAAUGGAACAACUGCGGGAUCCAGUUAUGCAAGAAGAUGCAAAUAUUAAAGCUAUUAAUGAGGAGUACACAAAAGCCUUUAUUUUUAUCAAUAAAGGACUACAUGCAGAUGAACUGGGUCAGAAGGAAGAGGCAAGAAGUUACUACAGGCAAGGACUUGACCACUUGCUCCGAGGAGUUAGUAUUCCAUCACAGGAUCCUGCAUGUGUGGGACCCCAGUGGGAGUCUGCCAGGCAAAUGCAGCAGAAGAUGAAGGAGACCCUCCAGAAUGUGCGCACUCGACUUGAUAUUCUAGAACAAAACACUCCACCUGUAGGAGGAAGCCCUGCUGCAAUGGAUGCCCUUGCUGGAGUGCCCAAGUUGUAUCCACACAUUCCUUCCACAGAAAAGCCAGAAAGGCCCCCCCCACCUAAUGCUCUGUUUGUACCAAGUCAGCCACCUGCAGCAGAUGAAAGUGUUGCAGCUGCAAGCCAGGGGCAGCUUCCAUCUAUGAGCCCAUCAUCUGCAAAACCUCUGUGUCUGCCAAACGAAGCACCUCCUGCCUAUACUCCUCAAGCUACCGAUGGCCAUUUUACUGUGUCGUAUGGCACAGACUCAGGGGAGUUUUCUUCUGUCAGUGAGGACUACUACAGAAAGUGUGCUCAGCCACCUCCCCUUCAAAACCUGGGAGUGGAUGCAGAUGAGCUGAUCUUGAUUCCCCAAGGUGUGCAGAUAUUCUUUGUGACUCCUGAUGGGCAGGUCAGUGCUCCUUCGUAUCCUGGAUAUCUGCGCAUUGUGAAGUUCUUGGAUACAGAUAGUGAGAUGGCCCAGAAUCGUCCACCUGCGUUUCUUCAGGUUUGUGACUGGUUGUAUCCUCUAAUGUGCAACCAGUCUCCUGUUCUGUGCUGCAAUACGGGAGUCUACAUGUUCCCUGACAUGAUGUCCCAGAUACCAGGAUCCUAUGUGGGAGUAGUGUUGUCUUCAGAACUUCCAGCAGCUGACAGAGAGCUUUUUGAGGAUCUGUUAAAGCAGAUGUCUGACCUUCGACUCCAGGUGCCAGGAUCCCAUGAGAGAGUAGGGUUACCAUCAGAGCUCCCAGCAACAGAGAGAGCGCAUUUUGAAGAUAAAUUAAAACAGAUGUCUGGCCACAAAGUCCAGCCUCCUGAAGCCUCCAGUGAUGUGGUUAAUUUGCCUCAGACUGUACAUAUCCAACCGCAUCCUGAAGGGGAAAGUCAGAAAGAAUUGCCAGAAUGGAGUGAGAAAGUUGCCCGUGGAAUCUUGUCAGGUGCAUCUUGGGUAAGCUGGGGCCUCGUAAAAGGAGCAGAAUUUACUGGGAAAGCUAUUCACAAAGGAGCUUCUAAACUGCGAGAACACAUUCAGCCAGAAGAAAAACCUCUGGAAGUCAACCCAACUGUAGCAAAGGGGCUUCAUGUAGCGAAACAGGCUACUGGAGGAGCUGUGAAAGUCAGCCAGUUCUUAGUUGAGGGAGUGUGUUCAAUAGCAAGCUGUGUUGGAAAGGAGCUGGCUCCUCAUGUCAAGAAACAUGGCAGCAAAUUAGUUCCAGAAUCCCUUAAGAAAGACAAAGAUGGCAAAUCUGCUCUUGAUGGUGCUCUGGUGGUAGCAGCAAGUGGAGUUCAAGGGUUUGCAACAGUGUGGCAAGGUUUAGAAAGUGCAGCUAAAUGCAUUGCUAAAAGUGUUUCAACUGAGACUGUAAAAACUGUGAAACACAAGUAUGGAGAUGAUGCUGGCAGCGCUACUGACAACGCUAUGAGCUCUGCAAUCAAUGUUGGUGUUACAGCAUUUAACAUUGACCAUAUUGGUAUCAAAUCUAUUGUGAAGAAAACUGCAAAGGAAACUGGCCAUGCUGUAUUAGAUGAAUAUAAAGUACUGGAUAAGGAGAAAAAGGAUAAAAAAUGAAAACAACAAAGUAUUUCUCAAAGCCUUAUAUGAAAUUUCGUCUUUAGAAGUAACCACACUGCUAAUCUGUGUUUUAAUGCAAAUCAUACUGUGCUCUUCAAGCAACUGUUACUUAAUUUGCCAUGGGAAAAUACAGAGUGGGCAUUCUUAGAAGGAGAAAUGAAAGUAUCCUUAAUUUCUCGUUCUUUAUUGAUGCAGGAUAUGAGUUUUCAGUGAAUCAACUUGCCUCUGUAAGCACUUUCUCAAAACAUAAUACUGCAUAAGGGAUUAAUACAGAAAUGUUAUUAUAAAUGUUUUUGUAAUACACUAUAUUUGUAAAGAAGGUGGUGAUACUGAACAAAUAGGAUUUCUAAUUCUGAUAGAAAUAAGGUUACUAGUUUGUUGUUUUUUUUUUUUUAAUAUUCUUAAGUUAAUUUCACUACAGCAAACUUUGGUAUUUAAUAUGGACCUAAAUAAGUGUUGUGUCUCAUUCUUUCCUUUGUAGAGAAUUCCUCUUCUCAGCUACUAAGCAGCUAGUCUUAUCCAAAUUUCAUUUUUAGAAGAAAUAAAAGAUGAGCCUCAGGUAACUAGAUAGUCAUUUCUUUUAAAACUUUCUUUUUUCCCUCAGCAUAUGAGCAAACCAAAGAUUUUAAGUAUUUAUUCUAAUAGCUCUAGCAUUUACAGCUCUAGAAAAAUGUAUUUUCCAGGAGAGUCCAUAAGGAAUAUUUAAAGAUUCUAUGAAAUUGAGAUUUUUAUAUAGAGACAAUGUCUGUUUUUGCAUAAAUGAGCAUAUUUUUCUUUAAAAAAAUUCUACUGAGAUCACUGGAAACUUCUAUGCAUUCUGUACUUUUCACCAGUCCAGAAAGAUUCAGAGUACCUGAUGGAAGGCAUUAGGUAUUUGUUUCAGCAGGUAGUUCUAACUCUCAGCAUCUUUAUUCUACUGAAUUCCUGGUUGCACAAGGGACAUCUCCAAAGCAUUUCUACUUAGGAGAUGUGUGUGGAAUAGAAUAGAUACUUUCAUAUAGCUUUUUCAUUUGGUUCCUCGUGUAACUUACUCCUGUUUGAAAUGUAGAACUCUUGAGCUGCUUUUCUACUGCUACUUAUUUAAAGGUUCAUUAUUGAGUUUUAAAGCUGCUAUACGUUCUAAUCAUGGCUGGACCUGCAGCAAACAGAAUGCCAUGAAUUUACAACUUGUCUCCAUUUAAAUAGUUGGAAAAAAUAACUAUAAAUGGUUGUCAGCAAAUUAUCACAGUUAUAAAAAGAACAUCUGUUAGAAUUGUAAUAAGUGCCCAUUUUGUGAUGGGUACUGUAGGUGUGCACUUGGGAUGGGAAAAAAAGUGAAGCAAAGGAACUAACCACUUGAAGUGUAACUUUGAUUUAUGGAAAUAAAAAUAAAAUUGGUCAAAUGGU